AUGGAACGCGGUGCCGCAGCUUUACAGCUGCAUCAUGCCAUGCAGCAGCAGCAGCAUCAUCAACGUCAUCAGCAGCAGCAUCAUCAACGUCAUCAUCAGCAGCAGCAGCAGCAGCAGCAGCAGCAGCAGCAGCAGCAGCAGCAGCAGCAGCAGCAGCAGCAGCAGCAGCAGCAGCAGCAGCAGCAGCAGCAGCAGCAGCAUGGCAGCUGUCGGCCGUCGACUAGCUCGUCGAGCGCGGCGGAUGAGGUCGGGGGAAUGGACGCCGUCGCGUUGCUGCUCGCGAGCCUUCCGCAACGUGACUAUCAAUCGCAACUCCGCACGCAGGCCGCGCCGCAGCAGGGUCACGCGCCGGGGCACGCGCACGACCACGAGCAGGUGGCGGAACAUACGCUUGCGGCGCAUUACCGUAACGACCUGCAGCAGCAGCAGCAGCAGCAGCAACGUCAAUCCUCCUUCGAGCUCCAGCAAGACCUGCAGACAUCCGGACAGAGGAGCGUCACCGCGUGCGACGUGUGCGACUCCAUGACUCUCGGUUGCGACGCGAGCAGCGCCGGGAACAGCGCGACUGGCGGCGGCAAUCGCGGCAGCUCUGGAAGGAGCGGCUUUACAUCCGCCCGGCGGCAAGGCGGCGGAGGCGGAGGAUCAUCCGCGUCCGCAGGAGCGAGCAGCGGAAACAGCACCAGUGGCGGCGGAGGCGGCCGCGGUGGCGGCGGAGGCGGCCGCGGUGGCGGCGGUGGCGGCGGUGGCGGGUGCAGCGGAAUAUCCGACAUGGGCGGUCUGCGGCGCUUCCUUCCCAGCAACAACGACAGCGACCACGGCGAGGCUGUCGACGGGUACGCCAAUGACGAGUUCCGCAUGUUCGAGUUCAAGGUCCGCCGCUGCAUGCGCGGGCGCAGCCACGACUGGACCGAGUGCCCCUUCGCGCACCCGGGGGAGAAGGCGCGCCGGCGCGAUCCGCGGAGGUACCACUACAGCGGAACCGCGUGCCCGGAUUUCCGCAAGGGGACGUGCCGGCGCGGCGACGCGUGCGAGUACGCGCACGGGGUGUUCGAGUGCUGGUUACACCCGUCGCGCUAUCGCACGCAGCCGUGCAAGGACGGCCGCAACUGCAAGCGCCGCGUCUGCUUCUUCGCGCACACGCCCGCGCAGCUGCGCCUCAUGCCCUCCGCGGCGGCAGCUGCCGCCGCUGCUGCUGCAGCCGCCGCGGCAGCCGCCGGGGGGGACGGUUCCGCAGGGGACAGCUCCGCCGCGUUUGGCGGAGGUUCUGGCGUUACUGGCGGUGUAGGAGCUGAUGGUGGAAAUUCGGGGUGUAAUAACGAACUUUCUAAAACGGGGACGGCGGUGGACGACUCGUCGCCCACGACUGUGUUUCCGUGUGACGUCAGCCGCAGCAGCAGCGCGGGUCCCCAUACCCCGCCCCUCACUCCCGCCUCUUCUUCCCCCCCUAGCUCACCGCACCAACCUGGGGGUGCGGCGGCGACCGUGCUUGUGCAACAGCGGCACCAGCAACAGCAGCACCAGCAGCAGCAACAGCAGCACCAGCAGCAGCAACAGCAACAGCAGCAGCACCAGCAGCAGCAGCAGCAGCAGCAGCAGCAGCAGCAGCAGCAGCAGCAGCAGCAGCAGCAGCAGCAGCAGCAGCAGCAGGGAGAGUAUGAGCAGUAUCAGCAUGCAGCACUGUCCUUCGCGCAAAUGACCCCAGAACUCGCUGUGCCCCAUCCUGACUUUCUGCACCACAUGGGUGGUGGUCUGCACCUGCACAACCAUGCAUCCAUGCCCUCCUCUCGCGCUGCUGCUUCUCCCGCCGCUGCUGCCGCUGCUGCUGCUGCCCCUGCCACAAUGUUCUCAUUGGCAGUGGCGACCGGAGCUGCAGCAGCUACUUCUGGGGUGGCUGGAUGGUCCCUUCACAGGGCCGGAUCUGCACUAACGGUGUCUGCAGCAGCAGCAGCAGCAGGGGCAGGAGCAGGGAGCAGAUGCCCCUUGGGAAUGCCGAGAGCAGCCUCGGAUUCGUCAGAGUAUACUGGAGCCAUUCUGCCAGACCUUGCAUGGGUUACUGACCUUUGCCAGUGA